CAAGUGAAAAUCGUCCAUUCGUGGAUUCAAUACACCCAAUAUUCUGGGGAGACUCUCGAGAUGGUUCUUGCUGAUACAACUGGUACCUUGAUUCAUGCAACUAUCAAGAAACAGCAAGUCAACAAAUUUCAAAGGCUCAUCACAACUGGAGAGUGGAGAACUGUGGAAAAUUUCACAGUUGCAAAAUCUACUGGAAAGUACCGGCCAACCAGACUUCCAUUCAAGAUGACCCUCAUGAAUACGACUGCUAUAAGUCGUAUUCCUUCUAUUUCUGAGGAGUUUUACUUUGAUUUUGCUAACUUUCCAGACAUUCUGAAUGUUAAUGGAUUGAAUGAAAACAUCUUGAUUGAUGUUCUUGGUCAGGUCGUGAGUUUAGGUGAGAUGACAACUCACGAUGUCAACAACAAAGCCACCAAAAGAUUUGAGUUUGAACUGCGUGAUACAAAGUUUGUGAUCUAUUUACUCUAUUAUUUUUUUCAAACAACUGUCUAUUUUUUAAUACAAAAUCUAUCAUUUAUCUAUUAUAGUGAUGAACGCUUGACAUGUACUCUUUGGGGGAGGUUUGCUGAGAGAAUGUGGGAUGCAUGUCAAAAUGGAGGCAAUGAAAGGGUCAUUUGUUUGAUUCGCCUUGCUAAAAUUGGUUCAUUCAAAGGUAUAUUGUUUUGGAUUAUUUACAUUUGGAUGCUUAAUAUGUUUAUUACAUUAUUAGAUAUUACUAAUAUAUUGCAAAUUCAAUAGGCGAAAGAUCUAUUUCAAAUGCCUUUGACAUGUCUUUGUUGGAAAUAAAUCCAAACUAUCCUGCUGUCCAAGAUUUUGUGAACAAGUAAGUUUCUGAAAAAACUUAAAAUAUACCUAAUAUUUGCUUUACUAACGUAUUUACUUAUAUUAAUUCUCUUAUCUUACAUUGAACAGCUUGCCAGCAGACGUCCCUGUACUUACUAUUCAAGAAGUGAUGCCUAAGGAUACCAAAAUCAUUAAGAAGAAGGCAUAUUUUCAGACUUUUCCCAGGAAAACCAUUUCUGAAGUUUUUGAAGCCACUGAAGUAAGUAUUUAUCAUAGAUUUUGAAAUCAAAUCUAUAUAUUUAAAUAUAAAGACUAAUAUGUUUCUACUAUGUGUCUAGGUUGGUAAGUGCAAUGUUAUUUGUACUAUCUUGAAAGUGGACACAGACUAUGCUUGGUAUUUCUUUAGCUGUCUUAAGUGUAGCAAGACAGCGUAUAAGAUACCAAAAAUUGAAAAUGAGAUUGUCAAAAAAGGGAAGAAGCCAUUGUUUUGGUGUCCAACAUGUAAAGAAGAUACUCCUAAGGUCUUACCAAGGUAACUACAAUAUUUAUAUUCUUUGGAUACACGAUAUUUUAUAAGAAACUUUCUAACUCC